GCAAGACAGACGCGUCUUAAAAUAUUCGAGACAAAACGCAAAGGCUCAGUGGUCCCAAGUAAAUGAGGUAUCGGCUUCCUGAAAGAAAUGACAGGACUGGGGAUUUACAAACUGGACAAAGGACAAAGUUACCCAUCAAACUGUUUCCCAAUAAGAUCAUUUUUUCAUCCAAGAAAUGAAGGGGCUGGACACUGGCUUGUAGCAAACAGAAAUAUUUUGGAUGAAAGAACAUCAAAAAGGAAAAACAUUUCAGAAUCACCUUUUGAAGUGCAGAAACACGAAAAGAGACGACCGGAGAGUGCUCGCAACACUUUAGAUGCUCAGCGUUUGCUUGCUUUGCAUUGUGUGGAUAAGCCCUCCGACCUCUGUUCUGUUAACAUCAGUGGCCAGCGUUUGCAAACGGUCAAACCUGAGGAUUUUCACGAAUUUGAUAAUAUGGCAUACAUAAAUGCUUCUGAUAACCAUUUACCCUUAGAACCGUUUGCCAGAUUUCCUGCACUGAGGGAAUUGGAGCUGUCACUGAACAGUGUUCAUGAUUUGGAAAUUCAUGCUGAAGACUUCCAGAAACUGGAGGUGUUGGAUUUAUCCUUCAAUAACUUAACAGGAGAAAGUAUAUUAAAUCUAGGCCUGCUACCGCAUCUGAAGGUGCUCCACCUGACUGGAAACCAGCUGGAGAUGCUUCCACUCAAUAUAGCUGGUACCAGCCCCGGAGAAAACACAGAGCAAAGUGUCUCACUAUUUCAAACUCUGGAGGUACUGAUGCUUGACGACAAUAAAUUAUCUUCUCCGGAAGUGUUUAUGAGCCUUGCUAACCUAAAGAGACUUCGUCAUCUCAACUUACAAAGCAAUUAUAUCUCAGGAGUCCCAUUCUUAGAACAGAUGGCAACACUACCAGAUGCCCAGACAGGCAUUAUGCCACAGAACAUCGGACAGAAGGAGGACAAAGCAAGGACAAGUCUUGAAAUGCAUGCUGGGGCCUCACAAUACUAUCAGAGAAAGGACAAUGUAUGUGUUCUGGGUCUCCAUCUACCUUUUCCAGAACUUCGUCAUCUAAAUUUGGCCAACAAUGAGAUAGCUGAGGAAGAGGCAUUGUUGCCCGUGGCAUUGUUUUCAAAGCUCAGCGAGCUUGUUAUUCACUCAAACCCCUUGACGACACAGAGAAGUGGCGAUCCACCAAUGCUGACCUGUUUUCUUCAAGACAAGCUGGCUAUUAAGAUCACACGCAAAAAAACAACAAAUCCCACUAGGCGACACAUUAUACUCCCUAAACGAAAGGAGAAAGCCGCUCUUCCAAACACACCAAAAUUUCCUUCGAUCACGGCGAAUCAACACGCUGCAGAAACGCUCUUCUCCAAGAAAUACACCGGACAAGAUAAUCCUCUACCCUUAGAGUAUGGGUUAACUCAUGUGUUUGGCUUCCCUUCUCAAGCAAGCAUUGACGACGAGGAAGACAUCGCCAUAGGCCAAGAGCAUUUUGACUUGACAAGUGCAGACAUAUUCUUUGAGACACAUCGAAAUGCAGAGCCGUUCUUUGUGACAGAGCUAAAUGGCUUAAAUGAAUCUGAAUACCAAGAAGAUCUCGAUGAUUCGAAGGAAACCAAGCUGGAAAAAAGCAGCAAAGCGUGUCCAGAAAAAUUUAUCGGUUAUGAAAUCUUACUUGAUGACACGUCUGAGCCAGAAAUGCCAGAGUUUACUGGAAUACAACAAGCUGUUAGCGUUUUGGAGCACGUGCUGAAAAACCUGCUCGUGUAUAGAGAUUCUAAAGCAAAUCUGGACCUUCCUCAGAAGCCGUACACCGAAAGAGAGAAAAAGAUUAAAAAUUUACCUCCUUUGGGGCCGAGGAAGUCGAGGGGAGAAAAAGUUGAAGAACUUCUCACCCAAAUAAAGGAGGCGAAAACAAUAAGCGAAGUUCCAUUAGAUAAUGUACUCGAAGGACGGAAUGGUAUUUUUAAGAGAGAAUACGAGGAAGCAUUGACGCUACUGAAGGACAUGAAGAGGAAGUACAGCAUGGCUUACCUGAAAAGAGUGGAACAGGCAGCACAGAUUGAGACUGAGAUGCAUAAUCUAAACUAGCAGGUGCUUUGCUUUCUGCUUUUUCAUGAAGGAGUUUUGUAAUAACACACUAUUAGGAUAUUAGAGACAUGGUGACAAAAUUGUGAUCUUUUUGUUUGGUUACAAAUAAACAGUAUAUGUCAUUGCUGUCAAAUAUAUUGACUUUGCAAUAAAUGUAUUCUCAUCAUGUUUUGAGAGUUUAUAUAUCUAUAAGGGCAUAUGUUUCUCUGAAAUUAACGGUAUAUUCCUUGAGGGAUUGCCUCAAAGACCAUUUCACAUCAAAAAUUAG